CCCGCCCGCUCGCCUUUUUUCCCUUCCACGAACCGCGCGCGCGCGCAUUUGCUCUAGAGGGUGCUUGGAGUCUUCAUCGGCACUAAAGCUUCGUCGACGCGCAUCUCAACUUUUGGGGUCAAAAGAUGGCGGAGAAAGCGCCUUCGUCGGGUGCGGACUCGAUCACCCCUCAGUCUCCCAACAUGGCCGACUUGGAGAAGCAGCGGAGCACCCCUCCGGGUGACAAGCACGCGCCGUAUCUCGACCCGUCGGUCAUGGAGGAAGACUAUGAAGGCAAGCCGACCGAGGAGGAGCUGGCAACCCUGCGCCGUGUGCCCGGCAAAAUCCCCAUUAUCGCCUACCUCAUCUGUGUCGUCGAGUUCUGCGAGCGAGCCUCGUAUUACGGCGUCCAGCCUCUAAUCAGCAACUACGUCAACCGGCCGCUUCCCGAGGGCGGUAACGGCUGGGGCGCACCCCCUCGUGGGAGCCAGGCUACCGGUGGUGCUCUCGGCAUGGGCACCGUCGUCGCCAAUGCUGUAACGCAGUCCUUCAGCAUGCUUGCCUAUGCACUUCCUCUCGUGUUCGGCUGGCUCGCUGACGCGAAGACGGGCCGCUUCCCGCUCAUUUGCUGGGGCGUCGCUGUAUUCGGCGUUGCCCACGUUCUCAUGGUCGCCGCCGGCGCAAAGGACCUGCUGGCGAAUGGGAACGCGAAGGCUCCAUACUUCCUCUCGGUUUAUAUUCUGUCUGUGGGCGCUGCCAUGUUCAAGCCGAACGUCUCGCCUCUUCUGCUUGAUCAGGUCACAACCACCGUUCCCAAGGUUAUCACGCUCAAGUCUGGCGAGAGAGUCAUUGAAGACCCCGAGUCGACCACGGAGCGGGUUAUGCUCUGGUUCUACCUCAUGAUCAACAUUGGUGGUUUCAUGGGUGUCGCUACGGCGUACUCGGAAAAAUAUGUCGGCUGGUGGCUCGCUUUCCUCAUUCCGCUCAUCCUUUACCUUCCCCUGCCGCUGCUACUCUGGUUCCUCCACAAGCGCCUUGUCCUCCAUCCUCCCGGUGGCAGUGAUCUACCCAACGUCUUCAGAGUUCUUGGUAUCUGCUUCCGCCGCGGAGGUAUCAAGAGAAUCGGUCGCCACGGCUUCUGGGAUCUUGCCAAGCCGUCUAACAUUGCCGCUGCCGGCCUCAGCGGCAAGUUCAAGACCCAGUGGAACGACGAGUUCGUUGACGAUGUUCGCCGGACUUUCCAAGCGACGGGCAUCUUCUGCUUCUUCCCGAUCCAGUAUCUGAAUGACAACGGCAUUGGCGCCGCGGCCAGCUUCUUGUCGACCAUGCUCGAGACCAACGGCGUGCCUAACGACGUCAUCUCCAACUUCAAUUCUCUGAGCAUUAUUGCCUGUGCGCCCAUUCUCAACUACGGCCUGUACCCGCUUUUGCGCAGGUUCAAUAUUCACUAUGGACCCAUAUCGCGCAUGACCACCGGCCUGGCCAUGUCCACCCUCGGUGGCGUGGGUUACACUCUGCUGAACCACUUUGCGUACCAGAAGUCUCCCUGCGGGGAAUACGGCUCGAGUGACUGCAGGAUUGGCACUGGUGUCGCUCCCAUCAGCAUUUGGUGGAUGGCCAUUCCUUUUGCCAUUGGCGGCAUCUCGGAGCUGUUUGUCAACGUCCCAGCCUACGGUAUCGCUUACUCGCGUGCACCCGUCAACAUGCGAGGCCUUGUUUCAGCUCUUAACCUUUUCAACACGGCUGUCGCUUAUGCUAUUGGCCUGGCUUGCUCGAGUGUCAUUACGGACCCGUAUCUUACUUGGGACUUUGGAGGUACUGCUAUUGCCGGUGGAAUUCUGACCGUUCUCUUUUACUUCACCUUCCGCCACAUCGACGAUGAAGAGUAUGUCUUGAGCAAGAACCAGCCCGACACCGAUUACCACCUGGAAAUGGAGGGCACCCGUAACGUCGUUGGCGAGAACUCGCUCAACAAGAGCAUCAACAGACCGGCGCCAAUCGCGGAGAACGAGGAAAUGAUGAUCUCGCAGAAGCAGUGAGAGAAUUGAUUCGAUAGGGCAACGGACGGAGUUUGGCGUUUCUAACUUGCUCGGCAACGGGUUGUCUGGCGAACAAGGGGAGAGCUGGUGUUGAUAAUGCCUAGGGAUAUUAGCCUUGUCAGUUGUAUCACACCUUAGUUGAUUUGAUGGAAUUCGCAUCAGGCUGUC